CCUGGAGUCAGACCGUAGGAGCCCAUGGAGGGAAAGGAGGAUAAGCAGCAACAGCAUAAAAUAGAAGAUGCUGGUAUACUGUAUGUAACUGAAAAAGAAGAAUUCAAACAUGAAAAAAAACCUGGAAAAAGUAUUCAACAUUCAAAACCAUGUGUUGGGAGAGGACGUGUAUAUUAUGCUAAAUUCAUUAACACAAAUGUAAGAACAUGCAAUGAACCAGUUCCCUACAUAGAUGUCAAAAAAGAGCCAGAAAAUCAGGGUGACUGGUGGUCACAUGGUAAGGGACUGGAAGACCCCUUCCCCCCACCUUAUGACACUAAGAGCACCCAGAGGAGUGACUUUAGGAAGCCAGCAUGUCCAUUGGUUUCUCCAGUCAAAUACAGCAAGUUGCAAAAGCCUUCUUACGGAAUAGUUCCACUUGUCUCUCCUGAUGCAUCAGAAGAACUUCAAAGGAACUUUAGAGAACACAUCUCUUUUAUACACCAAUAUGAUGCCAGAAAAACACCCAAUGAGCCCAUCCGGGGAAAGAGACAUGGAGUUUUUGUUCAGACAGAGAUAAAACCAGGGAGUAGGCCAACAGUUCCUGAGAGAACAGAGGUAUUACUGAAUACUUCAGGGUCAUGCUCAUCAGAACAGUCCAAAAAAACAGAGAAAGGAAACUCAGCGGAAGGCAAAAUGAUCUCACCCGGUCUCUGCCGACAAAAUUCCCAGGAGUUGUUAGAGACUAAAACUCACUUAUCAGAAACAGACAUCAGAGUGGCAGCCAGUGCCUCCCCCAGAAGUCCUGAGAGAAGGGAGAAGACGGCAAAAGUCUUUCAAAUAGCUGCAGUAAAUGCUCUUCUCACCAGGCAUGAUCCUUUAAGUCCACCAAUAAAAAGUCAAGAUAAAUCAGGAUAAAUUACCUUCUUCAGAAAAAAACAUAAACCUUGGAAUGUAGAGAAAUUUCAGAAUCAUCAUACAGGCCCUCACAUUUGUUUUUUCUUUGAUCAGUAACCUCAAAAAUUUCAAUUUAUAUAAAAUGAGAAAAUGAAAAAGGGAUA